AUAGUCGUAUUCUCUUAAUAUUCGGCUGUGAUGGGUCAAUUUUUAUGGCUUAUAAACUUAUGCCAUCGCGACUAAUAGCUCAUUGUAGAAAGGCCUUUAUGGCUUUUGUAGAGAUUUAAAGGAUCAAAUUGCAAAAUCUGAUUUUUUAGCAACUUUUGCUUCGUAAAACAGGCCAAAGAGAGAUUCAGAAUAUUGCUUUUACGAAACAAUUAUUUCUUUAAACAUCAUUACACCUGCACCACUAGUAAAAGAAGACAGCACAUUUAUUAUAAUAUUUUUAAAAACAUAAUUGCAAAAUCUGACUCUUUAGAAGCUUUUGUAGUUUCAUAAGAAAUAAAUUGAAAAAAAUCUGAUAACAAAUUAUUUCUACAUACAAGACGAAAUAUGCUAAAGUAUAAAUAUGUAUCUGCACCGUGAAUAAGGUGUAGAUGAGUUAGUUGUUUUUUUCUGAACUUCAUGGCAUGGCGUAGCUCAGCUGACCAAGUCAAAGACGCACGUGGUCACGUUUGAUCCGCUUGUAUCUUCGCAAAAUGUUGAACAUGCAGAGAAGCGCACCUAACAUUCUGAUAACAGGCACACCUGGCGUGGGCAAGAGUAUGAUGUCGCGUAUGUUGUCGCAGAAAACUGGACUAGUAUGGCUUGAUGUCAGUAAACUAGCUAUCGAGAACGAGUGUCUAGACGAUUAUGACGAGGAGUACCAAUGCAGCGUGUUGGACGAGGAUAAGUUAUUGGACAGUAUGGAGAGUCUUAUGAGUGAAGGAGGAAAAAUUGUUGACUAUCACAGUGCAGAGUUCUUCCCUGAAAGAUGGUUUGAUAUUGUAUUUGUACUCAGAACGGACAAUACGAUCUUGUACGAUCGUCUCAAGGAAAGAGGCUACUGCGGGAAGAAACUGGAGGACAAUAUAGACUGCGAAAUUUUUCAAACUAUUCUUGAAGAAGCAAGAGAAUCCUACAGGGAAGAAAUAGUACACGAGCUAAUGAGCAAUACCUCAGAUCAAUUAAUAGAUAAUGUAAAUAGAAUAUGUCAGUGGCUAGAGCAAUGGAAAAUAGAUAAUCAGCAAACUUAAAAGAA